ACGUGAUCAUAGACAAGGAGGAAAACUAAGAGGGUAGGCGACGCUGGGACGGGGUGGGGAGAAAAAAAAGGCAGUAGCUUGGCCUUUCUUUAUUACAGUAUCGGCGAAAAAGGAACAGUGCUUAUCAACAAGAGUAAUUGCCGUGGAGCUCCUUAACACGCACCAUGAAUGUAGGUGUGGCCCACAGCGAGGUGAACCCUAAUACACGUGUGAUGAACAGCCGGGGCAUCUGGCUGACGUAUGCGCUGGGUGUGGGGCUCCUUCACGUCGUGCUCCUCAGCAUCCCGUUCUUCAGCGUUCCUGUCGUCUGGACCCUGACUAAUGUUAUCCACAAUUUGGGGAUGUAUGUUUUCCUGCACGCUGUCAAGGGUACACCCUUUGAGACUCCUGAUCAGGGGAAAGCCAGGCUCCUCACACACUGGGAGCAGCUGGACUAUGGUGUACAGUUCACCUCUUCCAGAAAGUUCUUCACAAUCUCACCAAUCAUUCUGUAUUUUCUUACGAGCUUCUACACGAAGUAUGAUCCUGCUCAUUUUGUGAUUAACACAGCUUCCCUCCUGAGUGUGCUCAUCCCCAAGCUGCCACAGCUCCAUGGUGUCCGAAUCCUAGGGAUCAACAAAUAUUAAAGAAGUUGGCCAAUAGGGGGCGCAGUGAAGCCGUAUUUGGGCCAUGCAAGCCGCUAUCCAGCUGUGCUUUGUAUAUCACAGAAUGGGAUCUGACGUGUUGAUGGGUUAGGUGCUUCCUCUGAAGCUGCGUAGGAUGGAUUCUGGCAGAGAUGAACAGUGUGUGCGUUACUAACUAACGUAUUUAAUGUUGUCACAGACCUGGGCAGGCCCAGAUGUUCAACUGGUCGUUUUUCUCUUGACAUAUGUGAUAAUGAUUUGUUGUUAUCUCUUAUUUUUCACAUGUAGUGUUGCACAGUCCUUUAUGGUCCUUUUAUUUCCACCUUUUAUAAACUUUUCAGGAGGGAAAUAAAAUGCCAGAUGCAUUUUUCACACAUUAUUUGUUCAUCAGAGCAGGGUGCCGUGAUUCUGAGACUCCGGUUACUCUGCAGCAAUGGGGGGAAUGAUGUAGGAAACGCAGACUGAUGUUGCAUGGCUUCCUCAGAUCUGAAAAAGAACCCGUUGGGUUUGGACUUUUUUAUAUGUAGUACUCUACUGAGACAAUGAAAUGAUGGUUUAGGUUAGCAAGGCUACACUCCUGUGUUUUUUUUUUUUUAAAGGAAUUACUUUAUGCCGUGCUUGUGUUUAUGCUUACGUAGCUGUUUUUGAUUUUAUAGAUUAUACUUCCGAUACUUUUACUGAGGCCACAUCCCCUUGGCUUGUUUGUAGUGUCGGUACUCUGUCAGUGCCUAACAUAAUAAAAAAAAAUAUGUGCCCUUUAA